GCGGCAGCUGGUCCCUUGAUAAGAGGAGCUGGAGACGGGCAGCAGCAGCCACUGCCACUGAGGAGCCGGCCCAGCUUCAGAGAGGAAGCGCUUCCUUCCCAUCCCUUGCCUUCUCAUCUCAGCACCUGCACUGCCUGAAAUCCACACACCUGCUCUCCUUUGAUGAUGUCUACUGAGCAAAUGCAGCCUCUGGAGCUCUCAGAAGACAGACUGGACAAGCUAGACCCUCGCUGCGGCCACUUAGAUGAUCUUUCAGACCAGUUUAUUAAGGAUUGUGAUCUCAAAAAGAAGCCUAUAAAGGGGAAAAAUGUACAAGUUACCCUGAAUGUUGAGUCAGACCAGAAAAAACCAAGGAGAAAAGACACACCAGCCCUGCAUGUUCCACCUUUCAUACCAGACGUCCUUUCAGAACAUUUAAUUACAAGAUACGAUGUCCAAGACAUACAACCAAAGGGCAAAAUGAGUCCAGUUCUUCAUAACACUGACCUGGAACAGAAAAAGCCAAGGAGAAAAGACACACCUGCCCUGCAUGUGUCCCCCUUUGCAGCAGGUGUGACACUGCUCAGGGACGAGAGACCCAAAGUGAUCAUGGAAGAUGAUGAGAAAGAUGGUGACAAGAUAGCUAUUUAAAGAUAUUUCCCCUGAGACCACUUGUAAAUAGGAAGAAGAGGUUGCAAGAGAGACUUGAGAAUUGUCAUGUUUGUUUUUAACUCACAGAGAUUUUAAAAUGUUUCAACCAACCAUUAAUAUUUAAUAAUCCAAUCAGGAGAAUUUACAUAAAAUCCUAGAUUUCCAGAUUCUCUUGAAAAAACACCUCAAGAUCUGGCCACCUGAGCCUGAUUUAGAAGCACAGUGACUGUCAGUGGGUGCUAAGCACCAGUCCUUUUAGGAGAAAAUACAUUCUCCAGCUCACCAUCUGCCCCACCACAUGUAUUUCUCCCUCUGACUUCACCCUCCAGCCUUCACAUUUGAGUCUGGAACCCCUGGUGAUGAUCCCUACUUUGAGUCCCUAAGGAUCUCUCCCUCUUUGAUCCCAGUAGUCACUCCACUUUCACAGCUUUGGGAGGAGGGGAAUAAAAUUGCAGCCAGGAUGCUAGUUGAAGCAUAAGUGGUGAAACAAGCCACCAUAACAUCUUUCAAAAGCAACAUGCAAUUACAGGUAUUAGAUAAAUAGGAUUACAUCAGCACCAGGGGAUUCUUAGUAAGAAAACACAGAUGAACUAUCAUCCUGUCAGCUUCUCUGUACAUGCCUGGCAUACCUGAAGCCAUGCCCACAGGGUGUGCUCAAUAAACUUGCAGGUGCUCAGAAAAGCCCUCCUCAUUUCUGACUUCCUGGAAUGGGGUGGAAAGUAGACUGGCAAUUGUAGAGACAAAGGCCUUGAGUUCUUGCCCUGAAUGUGCAACAUUGAGCAAGACCUUAGAAUUCUCUGAGUCUGUCUCUGUAUCUUGAAAAUGAAGGCAAUAAUCCCCACUUUACCUUCACAGUCUGAGAAUUACAUAAGGUAUUAAUAACAAAUGGCAAAGGGUAUAGUAAGCUCUAUUCAUCUGUAACAGGAUAGUUUUAAGAUGUAUUCAGAAUAUGGACUGUACCUUUUCUAUUGCCAAAUCCCCAUUGCCUGGUAUUUAAGUCAGUAGCAGUUAUGUGGACUUUAAUCACAGCCUCUGAAGAAGUACUUCAAGAGGGAGAUCCUGUCCCCUUAACUGAAAGACUAGUCCUCCUCUUUCCAGGAAGAUGGUCUUUGUAAUACUCCCAGCCUCAAAGAAGCACUCACAGAAAUGGUGAGGGACAAUGCUAGUCAGAACAUCUCAGCAACUCUGGAUGUUACUGGGCAAUUUGGAUUGAAGCCAAGUCUCCCUCACUUUCCCUGAUGCAUGUGGCCCUUUUCUGAGCAGGUAAAUUAGAAGUUUAAUGAUUACAGUUACAUUCGGAUUAAAGUAGUUUUCAACACGUUUUGAAUAACUUCCCUCCAGCUAAAUAAUUGUCAUAUUAAGAAAAUAGGAGCAUUACAUGGUAGCCUAUUCAGAAAGAAGGCCCAAAUUAAAGGCAAUCCCAACAGAAUUGGUAAAUCAGUUGGCCUUUUGUUCACUCUGAAGGCAUCUAUCCCAAGCCCAGGCUGCCUGAGAGGAGGAGGGACUAGACAGGAAACUCUCAGCUGUCUUUCACAAAACCCACACAGCACUGGUGUCUUCAUUUAUCCAGAUCUUCUUUAAAAGCUGCUUUCUGAGUUCACACAGUUCAGUUCAGUCGCUCAGUCAUGUCCGACUCUUUGCCACCCCAUGGAUUGCAGCAUGCCAGGCUUCCCUAUCCAUCACCAACACCUGAGCUUGCUCAAACUCAUGUCCAUUGAAUCUGUGAUGAGUUCACAUAGCCAGCUUCUAAUGCUUAAUUAUCACCUGGAAAGGCAGAGGCGGAUGCUGACAAGAUGUGGCUGGGACCACAAAGGACUCAAGCAGAGUUUCCUUUUAAACACCGUUAAAUGAAUUUUCCCUCCCUAGCCUGUGUUGUCCAUACUGUUUUCUUAAAACAGGGAUAGACUGAGAUGGCAUGUGGCCGUGAGAGUAGGUUGAUGGAGCAAUUACUUUCCCUAGCUACAGGAUGGAUGUGUAGACUCUCUGUCAUCUAGUGUGAAUGAAGCUCCCUUGAAACUUGUAGUUUCUAAGUGUGAGUUACUCAGAAAACUCAAUAAGAGAAGGAUAGGUUAUUUCCUAACUUGCAGUAGCAUGUCCUUCCUCCAAGAUAAGAUUCCUCAUCUUUCAGGAGACUUGUUGAGAAGAAGCAGAAAAUGGAAGAUAAUUGGGCUCAACCAAACCAACAUCACUCUUCCAAUCUGGUGCCAAAUGUGAGCUUUGAGAGUUGAAUGAAAAACAGUGAACCACAAAUUUUCAUGUCCUUGCAAUUAAGUGUUAGAACUUCAGAAAAACAUGCAAAAUGUAUUAUUUAGUCACUACUUAAAUAAUGUCCUUAAUGAAAAGAAGAGUGUGCUCUGUGCCCUCGUAUGUGUUCAAUCAUUUUCCUCUAUCAUCCCAUUUGAUCCUCAAAAGCAAUUAUAAGAAAACUAAACAACCAAGGAAAUUGACAUAGAGGAGGAGCCAGGAUGGGAAUUCGGGCCUCUGUACUCAUGUGUGCUGUGGUCCUGGCAGUUGGGUAUGGAAGAAUGACUGCUGUGUGCAACCUUCUGCAGCUCCUAGCUGCCAGGUACCCAGGGUAGCUCCUACGGGCUUGUCAUGGGUCCUGGGAUCACCUUAGAAGGAAAGUGUCUGAAAUGCUCUCUGGCGUAAGUAGAGUUAAGAUUGUGCCCCUCCUGAGGUUCUAUAACCAGAGUUUUUAUACCAAACUGAUCCUCAAUUACCAGCUUUGGGCUGCUGAACAGCAGUAAUGAUGUACACAAAGUCAGAUUAGGAGACAGUAGUUGGAAAUGUGUGUGAAACCGGGGGAUGAGGUGGGGAGGAUGUGGAGUUGGAGAGAGGCUGAGCCCAGUGGUAGAUGUAGGUUCUGAAAUCUUAAAUAUCUGAGUCCUCUUUUCUGUGAUUUCUCUAACAUCUUACCAGAAAGGCUUCCUUAUGGCAGCCUGGCAUUCCCUUCCCCCUGAACAUUCUGCGGCUCCCAGUUACCCCCAGCACUCAAGAAGAUACAUGCUACUGAGAGUCCUGAAAGUUAAAACUGAUUGCUGGAAUUAAAAGAUGAACAUUAAUAACACAAGAAUACCUAUUUCAGGAAGUU